AAUCCGUCCGAGCGGCUGGCGGGGGUUCAGACAUCAUGCAGUCACGGGUGGGUGGUGGCAAACCAUAGUCUGUGUUUGGAUCUGAAGGGAGUGUAGUUUCCACAGUGGAUCCCGGUUCACGGACACGGACACGGACACCGGGGGACCAACCGCAUUAAUGGCGUCCAGGAUGGAUUUAAAGGCCGUCAUAGAGCAGAUGGAGACCGGGGACCAGGACCAGGCUCUGGCCGCCCUGCAGGUCUACAACACGGAGAUGAACCAGUGUUUCACAUUCUCCAGUGACGAUGAAGAGGGCAGAGAGGAAAGGAUUUUACAAGAGCGUUUGGGGGAGUUGCUUCUCGGUUUCCUGAAUCGGGAGCUUCAGCCGUCGUGUCAAUUGGCCUGUCUGGAGACGGUCCGGAUUCUGUCCAGAGACAAACACUGCCUGGCUCCCUUCAUCAGCUGCUCCGCCAUGUCCACCCUAGCCCGGUACGCCGGCAUCGCUGGGGUGGGAGGUGGAGCUCCGGCCCACGAACGCCCAGAAGACGAUAACCAAGCAGACGGGGCUGAUGGAGGAGUCGGUCCGGAGGCAGCAGAAGGUUCCACUGAUGUGGUGAAGGAACCGUCACCUCCUUCAGAAAACCCCGACCAGGAGGUGAUAGUUGAGGCCCUCAAGUCCAUCUGUAACAUCCUGCUGCACAACGAGAUGGGACAGGUGGUGGCAGCAGAGCUGCAGCUGAUAAGGGGCGUGGCCGAGAGGCUGAAACAGUGUCGUGAUCCGACCUGGAACGAUGAGGUGCGGUUCUUCGACCUGCGCCUCACCUUCCUGUUGACCGCCCUGCGGGUGGACGUCCGGGCCCAGUUAGCCCGGGAGCUCCACGGUACCAGUCUCCUGGGGAACCAACUGGACGCCACGCUGGGUCUGUGCUGGCCCGACACCCUGGAGACGGCCAGGGAGGGGUCAGAGGGCGUCCCCCCCGAACAACUGCCCCCCCUCAGCCGACAGCAGACCGAACUGGCCAUGGAAAUCCUCAAAAUACUCUUUAAUAUUACAUUCGACACGACAAGACGCAAAGUGGACGAGGAGGAAGCGGCAGAGUUCAAACAUCUUGGUGCUAUUCUGAGACAUUGUCUGAUGAGUCGUGCAGAUGGAGAAGAGCGAACAGAGGAGUUCCUCAGCCACACCGUUAACCUGCUGGGGAACCUGCCCCUCCCCUGUCUGGAAGUUCUACUGGCGCCCAAAGUCCAACAAGGAUCCAUCGAGUACAUGGGGGUCAACAUGGAUGCCGUCAACAUGCUGUUGGAGUUUAUGGAGAGAAGACUGGACAGGGGCCAUAAGCUGAAGGAGACCCUCCUCCCGUCGCUGAACCUGCUGACUGAGAGCUCCCGCAUCCACCGAGAAACCAGGAAGUUCCUCAGGUCAAAGGUGUUGCCUCCUCUGCGUGAUGUGAAGAACAGACCCGAGGUCGGCAACGCCCUGAGGAACAAACUGGUCCGACUGAUGACGCACAUUGACACGGACGUCAAGGACUGCGCCGCUGAGUUCCUCUUUGUUCUCUGUAAAGAAAGUGUUUCCAGGUUCAUCAAAUACACCGGGUACGGGAACGCCGCCGGCCUAUUGGCUGCACGAGGACUGUUGAGGGGGGGGCGCGACUCUGGGAUCUACUCCGAAGAUGAAGACUCCGAGACCGAAGAGUACCGGGAGGCCCGAGCCCAUAUAAACCCAAUCACUGGUGUGGUGGAGGAGGAUCAGCCCAACCCCAUGGAGGGAAUGACGGAGGAGCAGAAGGAGUAUGAAGCCAUGAAGCUGGUCCAGAUGUUCGACAAACUGUCCAGGACCAACCUGAUCCAACCGAUGCAGCUCGGUUUGGACGGAAAGAUGAGAGAGGUGACGCCAGAAGAUCUGCACAAGCUCACCCACAAUCCUUUGCUCCAGCCACAAGAACCGCAAAACUCCGACAGUGAAGACGAGGCUUAGUGAACAAAGAAGGAAACGUUACAGAAACAACAACAACAACUAAAGCAUCCAGACCAGAUUUACAGUUCAAUGAGCAUCAACUGGAACCAACUCCUUCACUUUCGGUUCAUUAUCAGUCGUUUCGUUUUCCUCUGGUGGAGAUUUGAGCAUCGAUGGGGAUUUUCCUUGGGUUUUUUUUUUCUCUUUUUCUUCCGAUGUUUUCAUAAAGUAGCAGAAAUAGAAAGUAUGAAUGUCACUGCAGCUCAUUCAACAGCAAGGAACUUAGUAAAAUAAUCACACAAGAAUUAAUAACACAAUAAACUA